GUCCAACUGCGCCUGCGCGCAGACCUCCCCGCCUCCUCCUGCUGCUCGCCCGUCGCCUGUCAUGAAUUCCGAGAACUUCCAGGCCGGCGAAAGGCUGGUGAACGCGGCCUACGUGCGGCAGGGAUGGCAAGGCCGCCGCGCACACGAGCUGCGAGUGCGGACGCUGCUGGAACAGGGCAAAUGUCCUGAAGAAGGAUGGGACGAAAGCACAAUUGAACUCUUUCUCCAUGAACUUGCAAUUAUGGAUAGCAAUAAUUUCCUGGGCAACUGCGGUGUGGGUGAGCGAGAAGGAAGAGUUGCCUCCCAAAUCGUGGCUCGGAGACAUUACAGGUUGAUCCACGGGAUCGGAAGGUCGGGAGACAUCGCAGCCGUCCAGCCGAAAGCAGCCGGCUCCAGUCUCUUGAACAAACUGACUAAUUCGGUGGUCUUGGAUGUUUUAAGGCUUGCUGGGGCCAAGGCCGCCAGCAGCUGCUUCGUGCUUCCCAUGGCAACAGGCAUGAGCCUCACUUUAUGUUUCUUAACGCUCCGGCACCGAAGACCGAAGGCCCGGUACAUCCUCUGGCCCCGCAUCGACCAGAAAUCCUGCUUCAAAGCCAUGGUGACCGCAGGUUUUGAGCCGGUGGUGAUAGAAAAUGUUUUAGAAGGAGACGAGCUACGAACCGACCUCCAGGCAGUGGAAGCUAAGAUCCUGGAUCUGGGGGCUGAUCACAUUCUCUGCGUUCAUUCCACUACGUCCUGUUUUGCUCCAAGGGUGCCUGACAGGUUGGAGGAGCUGGCUGAGAUCUGCGCCAAGUACGACGUCCCCCACAUUGUCAAUAAUGCAUACGGGGUUCAGUCUUCCAAGUGCAUGCACCUCAUCCAGCAGGGUGCCCGAAGAGGCCGGAUCGAUGCCUUUGUGCAAAGUUUGGACAAAAACUUCAUGGUCCCAGUAGGUGGCGCUGUCAUCGCUGGCUUCAGUGACACCUUCAUACAGGAAAUCAGCAAAAUGUAUCCAGGUAGAGCUUCCGCCUCUCCUUCCUUAGAUGUGCUCAUUACGUUGCUGAGUUUGGGCACCAAGGGAUACCGGAAACUUCUUCAAGAAAGAAAGGAAAUGUUUUCUUACCUUUCAAUGGAGGUGAAAAAAUUGGCAGAAAGCUACAACGAAAGAUUAUUGGAUACCCCGCACAAUCCUAUCUCUCUAGCCAUGUCCCUGGGAAAACUGGACGAAGAAAACCCAGAAGCUGUCACGCAGCUCGGAUCCAUGCUUUUCACCAGACAAGUUUCCGGAGCAAGGGUGGUGUCACCUGGGACGCUGCAAACGGUGAGUGGACACGCCUUCCGAGGUUUCAUGGCCCACACAGACCGAUACAGCUGCUCCUACCUCAACGCCGCCUCGGCCAUCGGGAUGAAGGCGGACGACGUGCAGGUGUUCAUCAAGAGGCUGGACAGGUGCCUGAAGGCUCUGAGAAAAGGGAAGGGCCCCCAAGAGGGACCACCGCCCAGCGUAGAUCUGGAUUCUGACCUGGAAAAAUGCAAGAUCGAAGGAGGAGGAGGCGCAACAGCCCAGCCUUAGAUUAUCCCCAAAAUUACUUCCAGCUUAGAAUGGUUUUUUUUUUUUAAAUAGAAAAAUAAUCAAACGUCAAUCAACUCAGGGCCUUCUCCUCCCAUUCUCCCAUUGAAACGAAUCAAGAGAGAGUUAUAGUAUAGCCCAGUGUUGGAAAACCUUUAAGGCACCAAAGCAGAACAUGCGUGCAUAUGCGCGUGUCAAAGCAGCAGAAACCUGAAGAGACAUGCGCGCACAUGCCUGUUUUUUUGGCUGUUUUGGGGCAUUUUUGGGGCCGAAAAAUGCCUUGGAAAACAGCCUGGAAAAUUGCCUGGAAAAGGCCCCCAAACCAGCCUCAAAACAGCCCAGGAAACCCCCUGAAAAAGCCCCGAAAAACGGCCUUUUUGGCUGUUUUCCAGCAUUCCAGUGCUCACAAAGACCAUGCAUGUGUGUGCCAGGAAUCAGAAGAGCAGCUGGCAGUGGCGCAGCCAUGUCUUUUCCCAACAUUCAGACGUGCUGGUUCUGUAUGCGCCUCGGCUUUCUGGGAACUGAAUCCAAGCUGCUUCAAACGUCUAAUUACUAUUCAUAGGGAAGAGUUCACACAUACCUCCUUGCCUUAAUACACUCUUAACCUUUGCUUGAGCCUACUCAGUAAAGCAGGCUUCCUGUGUAAAUUAUUUAUUUAGGAAAGUGCUGUAGUAGUCGUUGAUAAAUAAAUGAAAUUGUCCUGUCGGUGGUGCCAGAAUCACAGAACCGUUCUCAGGGGUGAGGGAGCUGUACCCUCUUGCCUUUGACAUAAUCCUUCAUGAAUCAUUUAUUUUGAGACCGCUUCUAUGGAAUCUCAGCCUGUCUCAUUAAAGCAGCUACUUGUCACAUUAAAUCAGCUAGUCUCAUUAGCUACUUUCUCAUUAAAGCAGCAGCUUCACCAAAAUAAUUUAGUCCUAUUUCAGUUGGUAUCAAAAAGAAUCAUUUAUUUUGAGACUGCUAUGGAAUCUCAUUAGCCUGUCUCAUUAAAGCAGCUACUUGUCUCAUUAAAGCAGCUACUUGUCUCCUUAAAGCAGCUGCUUUCUCAUUAAACCAGUUACUUCACUGAAAUAAUUAAGUCCUAUUUCAGUUCGUAUCAAAAUGAAUCAUUCAUUUUUUGAGACUGCUAUGGAAUCCCAUUAACCUGUCUCAUUAAAGCAGCUGCUUUCUCAUUAAAGCAGCUACUUCCUCGUUAAACCAGUUACUUCACCGAAAUAAUUUAGUCCUAUUUCAAUUCGUAUCUUGCCUUUCAAUUAUUUAGAAACCAACUUCUAAUUAGCGGGGUUCCACCUAUGGGCAGGGUACAAAAAACAGCAGUUAUCAAAAACUAUGCAAGAUUGUUCUGGCUACCAAAGGAUUUCUUGAUUUGUUAACUUUAAGGUUGUUGUGACAUGAUUUAAAGUUGAUUGCUUGGCCCGUGACCAGUCUGAACCGAUGUCCGUUUCGGAUCUGGCUUCUCUCCUGAUGCUAUGAAAUAAAUUAAAAUUAAUUUG